AUGGACGUUUUGAUCUCGACGCUCAAUCCAUCGUCAUUUGCGGCCCAGAUUCCUCUUGCGAAUGCGGCAAAGAUCGCUGGAGUAAAACGCUUCGUCCCUUGCUCAUUUGCGACUAUUGCGCCACCGAGAGGUGUAAUGGUCUUGCGAGAUAUGAAGGAAGACGUUUUCGAUCAUGUGAAAAAGAUUCGCGUCCCAUAUACGAUCAUUGAUGUGGGUUGGUGGUUUCAACUAUCCAUCCCCGGUCUUCCAUCUGGUCGUGGCCAAUAUGCGACUAUCAUGGCGGCGAACACGGUUGCUAAAGAUGGCGAUCUUCCUUCGGCGUUGACUGACUCGCGUGAUAUUGGCCGUUGGGUCGCUCGCAUUAUCGCGGAUGAAAAGACCUUGAACAAGCAAGUCUUUGCCUACAAUGAGGUCAUGUCUCCAAACCAGGUGCGAGAUCUAUUCGAGAGGCUGAGUGGAGAGAAGAUUGAAUAUCAUUCCAUUUCUGAAGAUUCAAUUUUGGAGACUAUCGAUCGAGUGAAAUCGUCAAAACAACCCCAAGAUGUCAACAAGUUGUACAGUAUGCAGUAUCUGUACUCGAUUGGCAUUCGGGGAGACAAUACUCCAGAGUAUGCCCAGUAUCUUGGGUAUUUGGAUGCUAACCAACUGUAUCCGGAUGUCAAGAAGAAUUCCUUGCAAUCAUUCCUCCAGGAAGUGCUAGACGGCAAAGCAGUGUCCGCUUAUGCGCAUAAGUUUGCCGCUGCCAAGAAUUGA